AGAGCUCGUUCAUUCCCCAUGGGCGCACACAUUUACAAAAACCCCAGCAACUUCUCUCUCUCUCUCUCUCUCAACUAUAUAUUUUUCCCCAUGUGCAAACACAUUUAUAAAAACCCCGUCAACUUCUCUCUCUCUCUCUGAGGUUCAUAUUCCAAUCCACUUUCGACCAUGGAAGAGAGAGAAGAUGAGAGUGUAACAUGGGGUGUGUUGGGUCAAGAAAUGAAGAGGUUAGUCUACAUAGCUGGGCCUAUGUUGGGUAUGACUUUAUCAGAGUAUAUGUUGCAAAUUAUAUCGUUGAUGAUGGUUGGUCAAUUGGGUGAACUUUAUCUCUCUAGCACAUCCAUUGCCAUCUCUCUUUGUGACGUCACUGGUCUCAGUCUUUUGGUAGGAAUGGCUGGUGCACUGGAAACUCUUUGCGGGCAGGCUUGUGGAGCUCAGCAAUACCAGAAAAUUGGAACUCAGACAUACACAGCUAUUUUCUCUCUCAUCAUUGUUUGUAUCCCCAUAUCAAUCUUAUGGAUGUAUAUGGAUGGAAUACUCAUUUUGAUAGGCCAAGAUCCUUUGAUUUCACACGAAGCUGGAAAGUUCACAAUGUGGCUUAUUCCUGCUCUCUUCGCUUAUGCAACUAUCCAACCACUUAUUCGAUACUUUCAAAUGCAAAGUAUGGUCACUCCCAUGUGCAUAAGUUCAUGUGCCACACUUUGUUUACACAUACCUCUUUGUUGGGUACUAGUGUUUAAGUCUGGGUUAGCUAACGUUGGUGCAGCAAUAGCAGUUGAUAUUUCAAUGUGGUUGAAUGUAAUCAUCCUUGGUUUAUACAUGAAGUACUCUUCCACCUGUGAAGAAACCCGUGUCCCAAUUUCAAUGGAUGUUUUCCAAGGAAUUGGAGAGUUCUUCCGCUUUGGCAUUCCCUCUGUUGUUAUGCUUUGCCUUGAAUGGUGGUCAUAUGAGAUAAUUACCUUGCUGUCAGGACUUUUGCCAAAUCCACAGCUUGAGACUUCAGUACUGUCCGUAUGCCUCAACACCAUUACUCUACUCUAUUGCAUAGCAUACGGACUUGGUUCUGCAGUAAGCACUAGAGUUUCGAAUGAAUUAGGUGCUGGAAAUCCAAGGGGGGCUCGUGUAGCUGUGUUUGCGGUGAUUCUCCUUGCUGUCAUAGAAACAUCAAUAGUUAGUACAAUGCUCUUUGCCAGCCGCCAUGUUUUCGGCUACACAUUCAGCAAUGAGAAGGAAGUUGUGGAUUAUGUCACAGCCAUGGCUCCUCUGCUUUGUCUGUCUGUUACAAUGGAUAGUUUACUCGGAGUCCUUUCAGGAGUUGCUAGGGGAUGUGGAUGGCAGAGUAUAGGGGCUUAUAUCAAUCUUGCUGCAUUUUACCUUUUCGGAAUUCCUAUUGCUGUGGCAUUGGGUUUCUGGGCGCAGUUACGAGGAAAAGGCCUUUGGAUUGGAAUCCAAACUGGUGCUAUGCUACAAACAAUUCUGCUCUCUGUAAUAACAAGUUGUACAAAUUGGGAAAAGCAGGCAAGGCUGGCAAGAGAAAGGUUACUUGGGGAAACAUCUUCAGCUUAUAAUGGAUUAAUGUGAAUUGAGAAGAAGCCAUACCCAAUUAAGAAACAUGUUUCAUUCUUUUUUGCACAAAAAUGUGUAAAAUUGCAUUUAUAUGUACGGGUGUUUACCCUAGUCUAUGGGUAGAAAAUAUGGUAUAUCGUCUCUCUAUUUGAUACUUUGCAAAAAAAAUAUUUAUU